AUGGACGACGACGGCCUGCUCCUCAACUUCGCCGCGCCCGCCGCCGCCGGGCCCUCGCGCCCGCGCGCCGCCAAGGGCACGCCGCACCAGCGCGCCCAGGCGCAGCGUGCGGCGCGCGCCAGCCAGAGUGGCGCCGCUGCCGCCCAGCCUCGCGCCGAUGCCUCUUCCUCGGCCACAGCAGCGGCAGCACCAGCACAGCGCAGAGCGCCCACUGCCGCUGCGCCGUCUGCCGCUCCUGCUGCGCCAGCUCCGCCACGCCCCCGGCAGAGCGGCGCGGGCACGCACGAGGCCAGAAGCACGCCGCGGGCGCAGCACGCGGCCUCGAGCGCACAGGCAGAGGCUGCGGCGGUGGCACAGGCCAUCGAGGCAGCGCAGGCCAAGGGCCGGCACAAGCCCGCCAAGGCGGCUGCUGCCAAAGCCAGCGGCAGCGGCAGCGGCACUGGCAGCGCAGGUGCUUCUACAGCGCCCGCAAGGCCGCCGCCCGCCGGCGUCAUCUCCUCGCUCUUCACCGGCGCCGCCAGUGCCGCUCCCGUCAAGGCCACGCCUGCUGCGCCAGCCGCGCAGCCCACGAAUGCGCCUCUCGACACUUCCUCCUUCGCCUCCAUCGGCCUUGAUGCGCUGCUCGUGGCGCAUCUCGCCGGACGCAUGGGCAUUGGCUCUGCUCCGACGUCGAUCCAACGCGCCGCCUUGCCGCUUCUCAUGGCCCCUUGCGCACGCGGCGCUCAGCGAGAUGUCCUCAUCCACGCCCAGACGGGCUCGGGAAAGACGCUUGCCUAUCUGCUGCCCAUCUUGCAGAGCCUGCUGCCGCUCUGCACCGACGCCGCCUCGUGGAUCGACCGCAGUGUGGGCACGCUGGCCAUCAUUCUUGCCCCGACGCGAGAGCUGGCGCGCCAGAUCUACGAGGUGGCAGAGAAGCUGGUGCAGCUGCAUCUGAGUCCGCGACAGCGCGAGGCCAUUGCGGCGGCGGAAGAGGCGGCGCAGAAGCAAGACGAGGAGGCAUCGGAUGAGGAGGAGACGCCCAGGCGCACACGCUGGCUGGUCCCCGGCUUGCUCUCCGGCGGCUCCACGCGCAAUCACGAGAAGAGCAAGCUGCGCAAAGGCCUCCCCAUCAUCGUCGCUACGCCUGGCCGCCUGCUCGAUCAUCUGCAAAACACCACCUCGCUCGAUGCGGGCAAGCUGCAGUGGCUGGUCCUCGACGAGGCGGAUCGGCUGCUCGAGAUGGGCUUCCGCGAGACGCUGGACGGCAUCUUGAAGGCGCUCGAGGGAAGGAGACGCAUGUCGAAGGAGACGGCAAGAGAGGCGAUGCGGGAGAAGGGAGCCGAGGAGACCGACGAGACGGCCGAUGGCAUGGGCAUCGAGUGGUGGAAGCAUCCGAGACGGACGGUGCUCUGCUCCGCUACGCUGGAUGAGAAUGUGCAGGUGCUCGCUGGCAGCGCACUCGUGCAGCCCGUUGUUGUGCGCGCUCUGCCCGAGGAGGACAGGAAGCAGCAGCAGCAGCAAGCGCGCGCGAGAGACGCAGAGGCAGAGGCCCAGCCUGCAGUGACUGGCGAGAAAGACGUCAAGCUCAAAGCUGCGUCUCCCUCUGAAGCGCCCGUCGUUGCGCGCACGAACCUCGCCGCGCCAGCGCAGCUGCGGCAGCACUUCGUCGUCGUGCCGACCAAGCAACGCCUCGUCGUCCUGCUUGCGCUUCUGCGCCAAGCCGUCUCUCGCUCCAGCGACUCUUCGCCGAAAGCACGCCGCGUCAUCGUCUUCAUCUCCUGCACCGACGCCGUCGACUUUUUCUGGCGCGCCAUGGGCGGGGCAAAGAUGAGCGACGCAGAAGAGCCAAAGGAGGACGGCAGUGGCGAGGAGAAGCAGGCGGUCGCUCAGUCGUGCGAGGUCAUUCCCUCGGCGCCUAUCUUUCGACUGCAUGGCUCCAUGACGCAGUCGGAGCGCAUUGCCUCGCUGCGGGCCUUCUCCAAGGCUGCGCCCGAGGCAGGAGGCGCCGCCAUCUUGCUCUGCACGUCCGUUGCUGCGCGCGGCCUGGAUCUGCCCGACGUCAGCUGCGUCGUGCAGCUCGACGCGCCCACCGAGGGCGGCGUCGACGAGUACCUGCAUCGCGUCGGCCGCACAGCUCGAGUAGGCCGAGAGGGCCAGAGUUGGAUCAUGCUGCUGCCGCACGAGCGAGAGGCGGCGACGCGCCUCGAAAGGGCAAUGAGCGGCCAGCAAGAUGGCACUCCUCGCCUGCAUGAGGUCGACGCGAGACAGGUGCUCAGGCACGGCUUUGGCGGUGGAGCGGCAGAGUACGAAGCAAGAGCGACGGAUGCUCAGCUGGCGUUUGAGAGAUGGGUGCUGCGCAGUGACGAGGCAUCGGGCCUGGCACGGCGAGCAUACCUCUCUCACAUUCGCGCCUACGCCACGCAUCCGGCCGCCGAGAAGGAUCUCUUCUCCGUCUCUGCGCUCCAGCUUGGCCAUCUGGCCAAGGCGUUUGCCCUGCGCGAAGCUCCGGCGGCCAUCAAGGCCAAUGCGCGAGCCGCAGGCGGCGGCGCAGGCAAGCAGGGCGACCGGCACGAGAAGCGCAAGGCUGCGUUUGAUGCCGACGAAGAGCGGCGCGCCAGGCGCAAGGCGAAACGCAUGGCUGCCGAGCCACACUCGACUGCGACGCGCGAGGAGCACGACGCCGAGGACGAUGACAGUCUGGCGGCCAUCGCUACGUAUGCGGCCAAGCGUGCGGCAGAAAAGGCAGGCGGCAAGAACAAGGCGGACAAGACGGACGCCGAGGCGAGAAUGUACGCCAAGGUCAGAGCGAUGGGCCGCGCGACGCGCAAGGGAGGCGUGCUGGCCGCUCAUGGAGCAGACGAGUUCCAGAUCGGCUGA